CAGUCAGCUGAUAUUAGCGCACGUAACUUUCCAACGGGAGUCUGCGUGACAUCACUACGUCCAUUGUGUGACCUAAACGUUAUUUUGCUCGUGCUUAUAUGGUGAGAGGUUGUCGCGGUGAAAUAAGAAAAACACAACUGUCAGAUAAGAGGAUAUAUCUGAAACUCGCGCAACGCUGUGAGAACCUGUUUCUUCAUCAAAGUGUCCUCAUCUCCCGUGUGUAGAUGAAUUGCGAUCAGCCUCCACCCUACACAGGGCCUGGACCCACAGCUCCAGGAUACCCUCCUCCAUCAGCUGCUGGAUACCCUGCUCAAGCUUACCCUCAGCAGGGAUACCCACCUCAGGGAUUCCCACCCCAGGGAUACCCUGCACAGGGAUACCAAGGUUAUCCGGUCCACACGGACCAGCCCAACGUUGGUUUCCCGAACUACCCGCCCGGACCCCAAGGACCCUACCCAGUCCAGCCUCCAUACCAGGGUUACCCUCAACCACAAUAUGGAGAUCCAGCGUAUGGAGAACCUCCUAAAAACACUGUGUAUGUUGUGGAGCAGGAAAGAAGAGAUGACUCUGGCCAGGCUUGUUUAACUGCAUGUUGGACAGCACUUUGUUGCUGUUGUCUGUGGGACAUGUUGACCUAAAGAUUAAGAAUCCACUGUGAGCCCCAGUUUCGUUUGUAAAGAUCUUUAACUCCAUCUGAAUUAUUAUUUGUGUAUGACUACUGAAAAAAUAGUUGAAACGUUUGGUUUAACCUCAAGCUUGGGGCACCUCUUUAUAUUCCUGUAACGCACUGAGAGACAUUUACAUCCGAUUACUUGCCGCCUUAUUAUUUGUAGAUGCAUAUUAGUCGCAAUGUUUUUAUGAUAUGUAUAUUGAUGAAAUACAAAAUCCACCUCUUUAUUGAUGAAUGCAGUUUUUGCUUGGACAUGGACCAGAUUUGAGUAUCAAAUAUGGCCUUAAAGAGUCUAUGAAUGUUUGAUCUGUCUUAAUUUAAGUAAAGGAAAAUGUUUGUUCCUAUUCAUUAAAAUAAUAGAAAUGUA